GUAGUCUUUAUGCAAUUAUGUUGUAUUGUCAUUGUAUUCCAUGAUAUUCCUUUAAGCCAUAUGACACGCCCAACAUUCACAGACAAAAAGAGUGAGACUGAAAUUCUUUUUGAGACUCAAAAAUCAUUAGAUUUCUCUUUUUCUGUGAUAUUUCAAAGCAGACUGUCUGAAGCCAUCUCUUUCUCUUUCUCUAUCUCUUUGUUUCUAUAUCGUCUCUGUGCUUCUUAUAAAGGAACACAUCUCAUGUUUCAAUGGGUCUCUUUAAAAAGUGUAAGUGAUUAUGUCAUGAUUCAAGUGCGGAGUUUAUGAUGGCAUCGAGGUACAUUCAGUUUUUUUUUUUCUCUCUUUCUUCUCUCUUUGCAGUUGCGAUUAAAGUACAGCAAGUGACACUAUAUAUAAUCCAUUUUUGCCCUCCCCUUUUUUUUCUCUACUUCUUUUGUAUCCAUGUCUUCAGAGCAGGAAAAUAGUAAUACGACAAACAACCUACAUGUCAAAUUUAGUACAGAAAACACAAACGAGCCAAUAGAAUAUUCAAAUUAUUAUGCACCACUUCAAAAUAACGAAGUGAUACCAAACGAUUAUCCAACCCGCACUUCCUUUAGAAUAGACAAUCCUUACGGCAUACACCCACCCAACGAAAUUAUCGACCAGUCGUCUUCUCGUGAUUCUGAAAAAGUCGUAGAAAUAUCACCCAACGAACGCUAUGUCCGUCUGAACACACUGCUUGGUAAAGGUGCUUACAAAGUGGUCUAUAAGGCCAUUGACCGUGAAGAAGGAUAUGAAGUCGCUUGGAACACAAUGCAAGCCAUGUCGAACCCCAACAACAAAGAUCUCGAGCAUGAAAUACAAAUUCUGAAAUCAGUUCGACAUCCAAACAUCAUUGCCUUUCAUGACGCUUGGUAUGGCGAUAACGAGUUUGUAUUUAUCACUGAACUCAUGACGUCUGGUACACUGCGAGAAUAUAUUCGAAAAUUGGUUCCUUUGCCUAAUCUAAAAAUCAUCAAACGUUGGUCUCGUCAAAUCCUCAAGGGAUUGGCUUAUCUUCACGGACAUAAUCCACCCAUCAUCCACAGAGACAUCAAGUGCGACAACAUCUUUAUUAAUGGAGCCCAUGGAGAAGUCAAGAUUGGAGACAUGGGAACAGCAGAGAUGAAGUUGGGUAAAAAAUAUACACUCAUUGGCACACCAGAGUUUAUGGCACCUGAGAUGUAUGAAGAACAAGGCUAUAGCGAAAAAGUGGACAUUUAUGCCUUUGGUAUGUGUCUUUUAGAGAUGGCAACAGGUGAAUAUCCCUAUGGUGAAUGCAAAAACGCAGCUCAAAUAUACAAAAAAGUGUCUGCUGGAGUUAAACCUGCUUGCCUUUCCAAAGUACAAAACCCAGAAGUACUCAGCGUGAUUGAAAAUUGCUUGAGCAAUGAAGACCAGAGGAUGUCAGCACAGGAAAUCUUGGAACAUUCUUUUUUAGCCGUCGAGCCUGACGUUGUCUUACUCGCAGCAGACCCUGAUAAUGUUCAUCUGACACUACAGGUUGUUUUCAAAGGCAUGGAUAAGCUCUCGGUCAAAUUCGAUUUUAAUGUCGAGACAGAUACAGCAGAGGAAGUGGUACGGGAGAUGAUUGAAGAACAAGUCUUACCGGAGAGAUAUCAGCAACAUAUCACAAAAGAGAUCAAUCGUAUCUUGAGAGACAUCGAUAAACCAUCUGAGUCAGAACAGGCAGAACAAGUCAGACGAUCUGUCUGGAGAAGAGAAAGCGACAUUCGAAAUGAACUGGAUCGAACUAGAGCAGAGUUGACUCAAGCUAAUGAUAAAGUGCUAGAAAUAGAACAAAAGUGCGACUCAAUCGAAAGUCGUGCUCGUGCUGCCGAAAACAAAUAUAGAGAGGCUAUACGUACAUUAAAGGAAUUAGAAGAAUCAAGAAUGUCUCAAAUCGAAACAGACACUAAGCUUGAUAGUUUAGCUCAUCUGUCCAUUCAAUCCAAUUCAACAACACAACAAGCUAUUAUAGAAGAUCGAGAACGAGAAAAGUUGGUGAAUCAUAUCUUGGAUGAAUACUCCGAUGACACAGACAUCAGUGUCUUUGUCACAGAUUGUGCUUUGGCAUCGCACCGAGGAGCGGAUAAAGCACAAGAAUGGGCAAAGAAAUUAAAAAAUCAAGACAUCAUGACUGUUGGUGACUUGCGAGAUUUACAUGAUGAAGAUUGGGCUGGCAUUGGCUUAACCGUAUUCGCUUUGAGAGCUUUAAAAAAUAUGUUAAAAGGUAAACGAUUGGCUGCAAGCAGUCAGCUUUCACAAUCACAGCACACACCACAAAUUCCUUCAUCUCCUCCACAAGCCAUUCAUUCUCCUCCGUCAUAAAAAAAAAGCACAUAUACACACACACAACAUUCUACUAUUUAAUAUGUAAUA